AACAGCCUCGGGGAGCGCCGAGUCCAGUCGCCGCUACCAGCCGCCAUGCUGAGCAGAGAGACACACAGCAGAGAAACUUAACUUGUCAAAGCUCCUGCAACCACACGCCAUCUAUCGACUCUUUUGCACGGGACGAAGGAUACAUUGCAUUGAGUCAAUAUCGGCUUCCCUUCCCUAACACUGCUGUGACGGUCGCUCCGGGCCUCACCAUCCCCACACCUCAGUGACAACCACCUCGGGCCUUUAAAUGAACCCAUACUCGCUCGCUGAAGCCAUGACAGACAAAGGGAACCUGACGGUGCCCAGGUUAGCAGAGUCCAACAUGGGCCUGGGAGUGCUGGGCGUGUUCCUGGGCCUCCUUCUGGAGGUCUCCAGCCACGGGCCCCACAGCGGGCCCCGCACCACCUGGAAGCACCAAGACGUGGACCUGUUGGAGUUCUCCGAGCCGGGGGUCUUCAACUACUCCACUCUGCUGCUGAGCGAGACGAGGGACGCGCUGUACGUCGGCGCCCGGGAGGCCAUCUUUGAGCUGAGCAAGAGGAACGUGACGGUCCGCAACAACAAGGUCCAGUGGAAGGUUGCGGAUACGCCCAUGAGCAUGUGCAUGCUGAAGGGGAAAUCUAAAGAGAAGGACUGCCUGAACUACAUCCGGGUGCUGCAGGUGCUGAACGAGGAGCACCUGUACGUGUGUGGGACGCACGCCUUCCAACCGCAGUGUGACUAUCUGUCGAUCAAAGACUUUGUGCUGGAGGGCCGGGCGGAGGACGGCCGGGGGAAGUGUGCCUUCGACCCAUCCCACAGCGUCACCACCGUCAUGGUUGAUGGCGAGCUCUACUCCGGCACGGUGUAUAACUUCCUGGGCAGUGAACCCAUCAUCUCGCGGUACUCCCCUCAGCAGGCCCUGCUGCGCACAGAGUACUCCACGUCAUGGCUCAAUGAGCCCAGCUUCGUGUUCGCGGACGUGAUCCGCGAGGGCGGGGGUCCCGCCGGGGAGGACGACAAGAUCUACUACUUCUUCACCGAGGUGUCCGUGGAGUACGAGUUCUUCGGCAAGCUCUUCAUCCCCCGGGUGGCCCGCGUCUGCAAGGGAGACCUGGGCGGUCAGCGCACGCUGCAGAAGAAGUGGACGUCCUUCCUGAAGGCCAAGCUGGUGUGCUCCAUGCCCGAGCUCAACUUCGUGUUCAACGUGGUGCACGACGUGUUCGUCCUGGAGGCGGAGGACUGGCGCAACACGCUCAUCUACGCCGUCUUCACAUCCCAGUGGGGCAACGUGGGCCUUUCGGCCGUGUGUGUGUACAACAUGGCGUUGGUGGACGAGGUGUUCUCCAAGGGGAAGUACAUGCAGAAGGCCACCGUGGAGCAGUCCCACACCAAGUGGGUCCGCUACAACGGCAUCACCCCGUCGCCACGGCCCGGAGCGUGCAUCGACAACGCCAUGCGGCAGGAGAACAUCAACAGCUCGCUGCACCUGCCCGACAAGACGCUGCAGUUCGUCAAAGACCACCCCCUCCUGGAGGACCCCGUGCUGCCGGUGGGCGGGCGGCCCCACCUCAUCACCAAGGACGUCAACUACACCCAGAUCGCCGUGGACCGGGUGACGGCGCUGGACGGACGCGCCUACGACGUCAUCUUCACCGGCACCGACACCGGAGUCCUGCAUAAGUCGGUCCUGGACGAGGGAGAGGUGCACAUGGUGGAGGAGAUCCAGCUGAUCAAGAGCGGCGGGGCCAUCAAGAACCUGCUGUUGUCCUCCGAGACCCACUCCCUGUACGCCGGGUCAGACUCCGGCGUGGUCCAAUCCCCCACCGCCUUCUGUGGGAAGUACCUGUCAUGUGACCAGUGUGUGCUGGCCCGGGACCCCUACUGUGCCUGGGACCCUCGCUCUUCGGCCUGUGUCAAUAUACUUGACCGCCCAAAACUAACGCAGAAGGGUCUGAUCCAGAGUUUAAAAGGUGAUGCAGAUUCCUGUCCUGCAGUGGCGGCGCUCUCCCCCCGGGACUACGGGCGCGUGCUGGUGCGUCCGGGCAGCUCAGCGGAGCUCCCGUGCGCGCCGCCCUCCAACCUGGCGCUGGUGUCGUGGCGGCUCAACGGCUCGGCGCUCACCGAGGCCUCGCGCUUCCACUUCAUCGGCGAGGGCGGGCUGCUCAUCUACAGCGUGGGCCCCGAGGACCAGGGCCGCUACGAGUGCUGGUCCCUGGAGGGGGCCCCGGCCGCCGGCAAGAACUUCAGCCGGCAGGUGGCCGCCUACACCCUGGUGCUGGCCGCCCCCCCGGCCCCCCGGGGCCCCCGCAAGGACCUGGGCCGCGCCGCCCCGGAGCUGGGCCGCGCCGCCCCGCUCGGCGACCCCUUCCCCGAAGGUAACGCUAACACGCCGGGGCCCACCCCGCCGACCCCGGCCCGCCUCUCCCCCCCGCUGCCGCCGCCGCCCCCCCAGCCCCGCCCCGACUCCCCACUAACCCCGCCCCCCGGCGGCGGCCCGCUGCGGCUGCAGCCCCGGCACCACCCCCUCCAGCCCAGCUCCAAGGCCCCCGGGGGCCCGGAGGCGCGGGACCCCUCGGCGCAGUACCUGCAGCGGGGCAACGCGGCGGCCCUCCUCUGCCUCUUCCUGCUCUUCUUCUUCCUCUUCCUGGCGGCGCUGGCCUACAACUGCUACAUGCGCUACCUGCCGGCGCCCUGCCUGCGGCUGCGGGCCGCGCUGGUGGGGGGCCACAAGUCCCCGCUGCGGCCCGAGUACCGCGCCUGCGAGGGCGGCCUCAUGGAGCCCCCGGCCGCCGGGAAGCUGAAGCUGGCGCAGCGGCCCGAGGGCCAGCAGAACGGUAGCCAGACCCCCACCCCGACCCCCACCGCCACCGCCACCACCACCGCCACCAACACCGCCCAGAGCCAGCUGCGCGCGCUCCGCGACACGGGCUACGAGACGGAGCCCGACUGCGGCAACGGGAAGAUCCCGUCGCACGGGUUUGGCGGCGGCGGCGGCGACAGUCCCUCCAGCGAGAAGCCCUUCGACGUGGACUCGGACUCGCAGCACAUCGAGUUUGCCGACGCGGACGAACCGAGCUGCUAGCGCGAAAAUCUGCUUUUUUUUUUUUUUUUUUUUUUAUUCACCCCCACGCCGAGCGCAGAAAGUAUUUAUAGAGCGUCCGACUCUACAAGCUGCUUCCUUUCGAGGUAGAAUUGUGAAAUGUGAAAAUAUGACGGUGGAAAACUCAAGUGUUUUGCCUCCCCCUCAACUCUCCGAUAGAACCAACGGAUCGUUGGACAACCGAUGACCGUAGUCCAGCUAUAAAAAGAUUGCUAGUUAAAUUCCAAAUUGGAAACAUUUGUUUACCAAAUUGGUAAGUUAAAUUAAUGUUGACCAGAUUGGAGCCAUGUUGACUUUGUGCAGUGUUGGGGCCUGCGUCUUGAUACUUUUUCCUUUUGUAAACUUAUUGUAGAUCCUUUGGGGCUACCAGAUAUCUGGGGGAGUGGCGUGUUUCUAAACCAUCCCUAGUGUGAUCUGUGACUCCUCAGGGACUGAGCUGGCUUUGGUACGGGGGGAUCGUACCUGCGUUUCCUUUCUUGAAUGUUGUCACCGUUGAGCAUGAUGUCUGUGGACCGCAGCGUCCGCGAUACCGACGGUACCGAGGAUGUCAACACGAGAGACCACAACUGAAUGGAGGAAACGUGCGGGAUAUCCAAUAAAUAUGGACAGGGGACACUUUGACCGCUUGAUAACAUUUGAACCGGAAAAUGCAAAAGACUUAAAGAGGAUUGGAACCACUUUGAGAAAGUCACUGACGCGUGAAGUCUGACAUGCUGGAGAAGGGCGUUCAACUGUUCGUCCCGGAGUUGUUGUGCUGUGCCAUAUUAACUUCUACUAGUCCCAUUCCCCAGUAUGGUGUGACAAUAACCAUUCAUAACGCGUCUAAUUUAAGACCAUAUGCUUGAUAAACCUAUUUUUUUUUUCACUGAAAUAUGAGCCUGGGAUACAAUCGCAUUUUUUGUAUUUUUGUUCUUUUUAAUUUAAUUGAGCUUUAAGUAUUAGAGUAUUUCCAGAAAGCUAUUAUUUAACUGACACUGACGCACGACUCAAAUCACUGCAUCUCCUAUUCUGCUCGAGUUUCAUCUGUCAUUCCCCACCUUUUUUCCCUCCCUUUCGCACGUCCCCUCGUCUUCGUCAGCUGUCCUCACUACUCUCUCCUCCGUCUCCAUCCCCCCCCCAUCCCCUUUCUUCCCUCACAGCCCCGGCCACC